AUGAUGGAAUUAAUUAAAAGUAAACAAAAUGAUGAUAUCACAAAAGAACUUAUUACAUCAAAAAAACUUGAUCAAUCGAUGCUUCGUUUUACACGAAUUUAUCGAGAUGAAUCUGGUAAAUUUCAACGAGAUCAAAUGGGUCAAGCAUAUUCUUGUAUAAUGAAAGAACAUUAUGGUGAUGUUGGUGUUGAGUUUAUUAGUGCAACAUUUGGUUCAAUGUGUAGUCCGUCAAUUAUAACUAUUGUUCUUACAGGUCCUAUUAAAAACGAUGAUGAAAAAACAUUAUCUAUUAAGAUUUCUAAACAAACAAAUGAUUGGUCUGUAGAAAUAGAACAAUUUAUAUUAAAUGGUAAAGUUAUUCAUUUUAAAAUGCCAUUUUUUUAA